AUGCUUUCCAAUCCUCGGUCUUCAAAUCCCCCCUACGCUGGCCUAAAGGCCCGGCGACGCCGCAAGACCUCGAAAGAAGAGCGCAUCUGUCCAGUCUGCGCGCAGGCAUUUAAAAAGGCAGAACAUCUGGCUCGUCAUUUGAGGUCGCAUACAAAAGAAAAGCCGUUCAACUGUCCGGUUUGUAACAAGGCGUUUGCGCGACAAGACACGUUACUACGCCACUCGCGAUCGCACCCUGCUGGAAGUAAUGCGUAUAGCAGUACAGUCGGAAUGUACAGAUCAAUCGACGAGUCAAUAGAUGAAUCUAUGGAGGACGAACACCAGAAGCAAAAUCUCGACCCGGAGCUCAUCUCGCAUACGAUCGGCGCAGACGUCCCGGCAGUUCCGGUGAAUCUCGAGCAUAUGAACCAUCUCGACCAUCUUAACCCUAUGGCAGGAAAUACGGUGGCACCAGUAUCGCCGCCAAACAGCUCAUCAAUUGACAAGCAUACGCCCAACAUGUCCAUUGGCGAGACAAGCACGUAUCCAACACAAGUCACUCCCUUGACUUCGCUCUUCUCUCUAGAGACCGGUGACGCCUGGAGAAACCAGGCCAGUCCACAGCCGCCAAUUUGGGAUUACCAAUUAGACCGGGAAUGGGAGACACUUCUCACUGGCGAGGACUUUGAUCUGGAUGCCGUGAAUCUGUCUUUGCUUUAUGCGACGUCUGAUUAUGUGCCUGUGGAUGCUAUACCCGGUAUGGACGUGACACGACCGCCACCUCCAGCAGAGCCCGCUUCGAUAAGUUCGAUUAAUAGUGAUACUGCAAAACGACAUGCCAAUGCAGUACAGAAACAGUGGCAUACUUUCUCGGAACUUGCCUCCUCGGGACAAAUGACGCCAGAUGUACCUCGAGAGGCUAGCCUGAUUGAUGAGUCGUAUCGCAAGCGACUAGCGGAACGCCUUCAACAACGGGUGCAGCAUGGCAUUUUGCCCUCGACUCCUUUCCUCUGGGAUACAUACGUUUCCAAAUCCAGGGGUUCUUCUUUGGUGGCCCUUCAAGCUUCGAUGAUCGGACAGAGCUUUGGGUUAAUGAUGGGGAGACCAAAAGACUUGACGGGAAUCGAAAUGUGGCAUGGCAGUAUAGUCGCGUGGGCACGCAAAGCAAGAAUUUUCGAUCUUCGACAUCCGCCAUACAACCUUCUCGAGCUCGACGGCGAAGCCCUUGAAGACGCCUGGAUGGACUGGAUCCAAAUCGAGGUCAAGAAACGAAUCGUUCUCGGUCUUUACAUCCAUGACGCCGAACUCGCACGUUUACACCAUCACGAGCCUCUCCUCCGCCACUCCCUCGACCGUCUCCCACAAAUUUCAUCAAACGACCUCUUCACAGCAUCCAGCGCAGAGCACUGGAAAUACUUCAUGCUUGACGAACAAGCCCGCACUCUCGCAAAGAAUCAUCCCCACAAUACCCCGCCACCAUCAAACCACACUUUACAGAUCCUCCCGGGGGAUUUCGCACUCUGCGGAAUGCUCGAAUCUAUCAGCGCCAUGGCCUACGAAGCACAAGACGAACUCUCUCUUCAUACUCCCUGGGAAUCUACAUCACCAUCAACACUACCUUCAACUUCAUCACCCCAACCCACGAAAUACCACACCCUCCUCACAAAAUGGUACACAACAUACCACACCCCGCUCCAAAACAAACCAACCUGGCCCUGCCUAAUGAUGCUCUGGCACUCAAUCCACAUAAUCCUCCACGCAGACAUCAACGCCCUCGAAUGCGCCGCCGGACGCGAGGGCUACGACGCCAUGCAAAAAUACACUCCCUACGCCCGGUCAUGGGUUCGCUCUCCCGACGCAAAACGCUGUUUACUCCAUGCGCUACUCAUCCAGAAGAACUUUGAGUCUUUGUCUGCGGGCGCGGAACCGGCGAUUUACGUGCCGAUGUGUUUGUAUUAUUGCGGGUUAGUUUGGGCCUGUUUUAUGUGUUUUGGCGGUGAUGCGGGUGGUCGUGAGCAUGACCAUGACCAUGAUCAUGGCUCUCAAGUUGGGGAUGCCAAUGGGAACGAAAAGCAAUCGCCAUCUUCCCAAGGUCAGCAGGAUGUUAUCACGGUCAGUCCGACUGAGAAUCUCCAAUUCGCGGAACUCCGGUUACCGGGCGUUGAUGGGAUUGGAGUCUUUCUUGAGCAGAUGGGUGGAUUACAGCCGCGACGGUUGGCGAUGGGGAGUUUAUUUCGGAUUAUUGAUUUGUUGCAGCGGAUCAGUCAUUUGAAGAUUGCGCAGAGUUUGGCAACGACGCUUUUGGUGCUUGUUGAGGAGACGCAGGAUUUGUUUUAA